AUGCGUUUUCUUCCCAUCAACCUGUCCACCAUCCUGGUGGAACUGCCUAAUCUCGAUCAGACACUGGCACUCUUUGCUUCCCUCCAAGCCCAGCCGAUUGCUGCCAUCCAGGAAAUCGUUCCAGCUGCCUGCACCCUACUGAUCAAGUUUCACUCGGAAACCGUCACUGCAGAGGUUCUGACUGCCCAGAUCAGCCAGCGAGAUCUCUCCACUCCAGUUCAUCGGGUGGACCGCGAGGUGGAAAUCCCCGUCCACUAUGACGGCGAAGACCUUGCCGCGAUUGCUGAGCUCACGGGGCUCAGCGUGGACGAAGUCAUCCAACGCCAUACGAACAGCACAUACACCGUGGCGUUCUGUGGCUUUGCACCCGGCUUCAGCUAUCUCGUCGGCGGGGAUCCCCGGCUGAACGUGCCACGCCGCUCAAACCCACGAACUCGUAUUCCAGCCGGCUCGGUGGGCCUGGCGGGCUGCUUCAGCGGUGUGUAUCCACAGAGCAGCCCAGGCGGCUGGCAACUGAUCGGCACCACAUCGGUGAAGAUGUGGGAUCUGAAUCGCAGCCCGAGCGCGCUCCUUCAGCCCGGCUAUCGAGUGCGUUUUGCCGAUGCGAGAAACAAGAAGAUUGCCCACAGUGCCACUUCUUCCACGAUCCCUUCAGUAACUCCUGUCCGCGAGAGCACUCCACAUUUCAAAGUCCUCUCUGCGUUUAUCCCCGCGCUGUUUCAAGACCUCGGUCGGUUGGGCCAAUCAAAGCAGGGGGUAUCUGCCUCGGGUGCCUUGGAUCGACUGGCUUUCAAAGCUGUCAACCGGGCCGUGGGCAAUCCAGCUGAGACGGCGUGUCUGGAGAUCGUCUCGGGCUUUUCGUUCCACAGCAAUGGCCGUGCCGUCGUGGCCUUCGGUGGGUCAUCCUGUCCAAUCACCGUCCAGGAUGUGCGCGGCCACGAGAUCCAUCCCACAAUCUACCAGCCGAUUUCUGUGGAGCCUGGCGAUGUUGUGCGACUCGGCCAACCGAAAAAGGGCAUGCGAUGCUAUCUCGCCGUCCGUGGUGGCUUCACCACCGAGCCAGUCAUGGGCAGCUUUGCUACCGAUACGCUGGCUGGUAUCGGCCCAGCGCCAGUCACCGCUGGCGCACUGCUGGGCCUGGCAAAUGACACCCACGGGCUGACCAGUGUGUCGCUGAGCCAAGGCCCGGCCUUCGAUCUGCCUUCCGCUGGAGAUGUCGUGACUCUGGACGUGGUCCUUGGGCCUCGCACUGAUUGGUUUACCGACAAAGGGCUCGAGGUAUUCACGCAGCAGCUCUGGAAAGUGACCGCACUAUCCAGCCGUGUGGGGAUGCGAUUGUCCGGAAAUGCCGCCAUCGAGCGCAAAGACAUCACAGUUGAGCUGCCCAGCGAAGGAACUGCCACUGGCGCCAUUCAGGUGCCCCCAACCGGCCAGCCGGUGCUGUUUCUGGCGGACCAUCCGCUCACUGGUGGAUACCCAGUGAUCGGCGCUGUUGCGGAACAUCAUCUGGAUCUCGCCGGCCAGCUUCCGGUCAAUACAAAGAUCAGCUUCCGCCCCAUCACGGCUUUUUCCGAAAUCCAUCCUGGCUGUCAAUCAUGA